UUACAAGCUGUCACACGAUAAUUCUUGGUUGGUGGAUAAUCGUCAGUUUAGCUCCUCCGUUCCAUGGCGUCGACGCUUUGCUCUGUGAGGUUCCUUCCUUGUCCAUCUCUCGAUGUUUUAGGAAAGACGAAGAUUUCCUCAGACUCGCGCUCGCUUGUUUCCUCUUCGUCGCGUGUCUAUGGUUUCUCUUCCGUUCACCGCUCUUUGCGUCGCAAUCGGAAUCAGCUGCAAGUUGUCUCUAUGGCUCCCGAGGAAGAAAAGCUCACUCGUCGCAACCCUCUCGAUUUCCCAAUUGAGUGGGAGAGACCUAAACCUGGGAGGAGGCCUGACAUUUUCCCCAAGUUUAGUCCUAUGAAGACACCAUUACCACCGCCGAUGCCUUAUGAUCCUCCAGAAGAAGAUGAAGAAGAGGAAGAGAAGAAAGAAGAGGAAGAAGAAAACCCAGACCAAGAAGAAGAAGAACAACCUGACAAGCAGCAAUAGAAUUUUUUUUGGUUGGAGAAAAUACGAGAUGGAAACAUCGAGAGAGAGACCGAUCGAAGAAGAGCUUUUAUUUUUUUUGUUUCAACUUUUGUAGUCUUUUGGAAGAGAAAGAAGAAUCAAAAAUCUUUUCUCACAUUUUAGUUGCUAGAUUUUGAAUCUCAUACUCGUGUUCGUGUAUUAUAUUUGUGUAAUGCCACUGUUUCAGAAGCUAUGUUAUCAUUUCGAAAAUUCGAUCCU